AUUCGUCAAAUCUAAUUAAAGCACACCGUUUUAGCACGCAAACUUUCGUUGCCUUUUCUCGUGCUCUACCCCUAAACCAGACGAAACCCCCAAAUUUGAACGCCACUCGCCUUCCUCCAUCCACCACGAUCAACCUGCACUACCACCUCAAACCCUAACAAAUUUCACCAUUAAUCAUCAAUUUCCAUGGCAUACGUAGACCAUGCUUUUUCUAUAUCAGAUGAAGACAUCAUGAUGGACUCUGAUUCUGUUUACACCUCCCACAACCGACCUCCGAUCAAGGAGAUCGCUCUCGCUGUCUCUCUUCUUGUCUUCGGCAUCGUCGGUAUCGUCUCCGGCAUUUUCAUGGCCAUCAAUCGUGUCGGUGGAGACACAGGCCACGGAUUGUUUUUUGCGAUAUUGGGGGGGAUCUUGUUCAUACCAGGGUUUUACUAUACACGGAUUGCUUAUUACGCUUACAAGGGCUACAAAGGUUUUUCUUUCUCCAAUAUACCACCUGUUUAGGGUUCGAAUCAUCUUGUACACCUUUUUAAUUUCAGUAUGUACAUUUUUGUCUCUCUUGUUUUUGUACUUGUAGUUGAUGGUUUUUCUUGCUAUAUGAAAUAAGAACACGAUUGUAAUGGAAACUAUAGAGUUCCUUUAUAGGAAUAGUAAAUGUGAAAUUUGUUGAUGUAUUUGGUGAUAGCAACUAAAAUUCUCAGCUGCCAUUGCUGUGAAACUGGUAUUGAGAACAAAUAAAAGAACUUCUGUUGCAUGCUAUUCCAGAUGCAUCAAAGGUUAUCA